UUUUAGGAAUGGGUCCGAAACAUAUUUAGUUAGUCAAGACAGUUACGGAGAAGAGUUGAAAACACCUGGCGAUCUCUUGGACAAUCCGCUCCAUAUCUCAUUUAAGUGUCGAAAGAUAAUCUACCUCGAAUCUUGAUUUUUGUUGAGUUUUGUGUUAUUUCUCUGAAGCCUCUCCAGUUGUAAAUCUCAUAUUGUCCAUUUUUAUAGAAAUACUUUUAAAUAUCGUAACUAGGUGAUAAGGAAACAUUGCACUAUAUUUUGGAUUGUUUCUAUUCUACUAUUUUGCACUAAAAUAUUGGUGAAGAUGCACACCACGCAGAAGGACACGACCUACACGAAGAUUUUUGUCGGGGGUCUUCCGUAUCACACCACGGAUUCCAGUCUCAGGAAAUAUUUUGAAGUGUUCGGAGAAAUUGAAGAGGCUGUCGUGAUUACCGAUCGACAGACCGGCAAAUCCAGGGGGUAUGGAUUUGUGACGAUGGCUGACCGCUCAGCUGCAGACAGGGCCUGUAAAGAUCCGAACCCCAUCAUUGACGGCAGGAAAGCCAAUGUCAACCUGGCGUACCUGGGGGCCAAGCCACGGGUGAUGCAGCCAGGUUUCACCUUUGGUGUUCCACAAAUUCAUCCCGCCUUUAUCCAAAGGCCUUAUGGGAUCCCUGCUCACUAUGUGUACCCUCAGGCCUUCAUGCAGCCAAGCACCAUGGUCAUCCCUCACAGCAUGCAGUCGCCCGCCGCCACGGCCUCCGCCGCCUCCUCCCCGUACCUCGACUACACAGGAGCAGCCUACGCUCAGUACUCCGCCGCCGCGGCUAGCGCUGCUGCCGCCGCAGCCUACGAGCAGUAUCCCUACGCCGCCUCCCCUGCGGCGGCCGGGUACCUAACCGCAGCCGGUUAUGGCUAUGUUCAGCAGCCCCUGGCUACGGCCGCACCGGGUUCAGCCGUCGCUGCAGCCGCAGCCUUCGGUCAGUACCAGCCGCAGCAGCUGCAAGCUGACCGCAUGCAAUAGCAGCCACUGCAGCCAUUGGACACAACGGGAUGGGAGGCCCGCGGCCAGCCUCGGCUGAUUGGCUGUGAAGAGAAGAGAACGAUGAAGAGGAAGAGAGAGGGGCUGUGUUGUUAAGUGACAGAGUCGGUAAGAGGGUGAUGAUGAUGAUGAUGGUGAGGUGGGAACUCCAUACAGUAGCUUUCCAACUUGCUGUGUUUAAACCAAAAAAGAAAAACUUUAUAAAUUCACAAAACAAAGUAAGGAAAGUGGAUUUAUCCUUAUGAUUAUUAUUGUUGUUAUUAAUAUAAUUACUACUAUAAUUAUAAUUGUAGUAGAGUAUUUAUUUCUAGAGGAGAAAUGCAACAACUAAUCACAGUGGUUGUAGCUUGGUGUAAAACAUGACUUUAUGUUCCAUUGCUGUCAUUAACAUAGGAGAGAGAGAGCGUUCUCUUUAUGGGACACUUAGACGUGUCCCGAAGUGCCCUUGCAACCUAUAUUUACUAUCACAUUUCGAGGGCUCUUGCCUUCUGUCUUUUCAAGUGCAUUGAAGUAAAUUUUCUGAUAAUCAGGGAAAUGUAUCAGUUUCCAGUGUGUUAGUAAAGACAACCUCUGCAUGUCAGGGAGUAGUUGAAAUAACUGUGGAGAAAAGGAGAAGAUUUGUAGCUUGUGUCACACGUUAAGAACUACCUUUUUAACUUCCUGAUGCUGAAUGUCCCUUUUUUGACUCUGAAUCUUGACCUCUUGACCUAUGCAAAGCAAACAGUUCACCAGGAGACAAAAAAACUGCAGGAAUAACCGAAAAUGCCGUCAACUCUUCAAAGGGCAUGACAAACAAUAUGAAGGCAAAUCACAGACAGAGAAGGAAAAGGAUGUUUUCAGACAAUGAGCAGCACCAAAUCAGUUAGUCUCAAACACAUACGCAUGGCUGCAUGCAAACACACGCACACACACACACACACACACACACACACACACACACACACACACACAUGCAUACACAGUUGCCUACAUAGUGGUAAAGGACAAUGGGCCCAGUCGUGCUCUCUGGCUCUGUGCAAUGAGAUCUAGUCAGAGAGAAAGAGAGAGGGAGGGAAAGGGAGAGAGAGAGGGAGCAGCUGGGGAGGGGGCUGGCGCAGUUCGCCCAGCGCCACACAGACGGAUCACUCUGGAAAUAACGCAUCACUUGUCCUCAUUUGUUGAGCUGUCACAUUUUAAUCCCGGGGCCCAUUUGGGAACUGUCUCUCCUCUGUCCUGCCUGCCUGCCUGGCCCUGUCAGCACUUCCACCUCUGUCCUCUAUCCUCUGUCCUCUGUCCUAGAGCCGACCGGCUGGGCUGGUGUCAGGUACACACACACUUCCCUCCUACGCUAACCCUCACCAAUUCCCUGGCCCUGUACCCACUCCUCACAGCCUAACCACCCCCUGGCCCUGUACCCACUCCUCACAGCCUAACCAACCCCCUGGCCCUGUACCCACUCCUCACAGCCUCACCAACCCCCUGGCCUUGUACCCACUCCUCACAGCCUCACCAACCCCCUGGCCCUGUACCCACUCCUCACAGCCUCACCAACCCCCUGG